AUGGCUCAGAACCAGGAGAAUCGAACCGAGAUCUCAGCCGUAAAGUUCAAUGGCCAAGAUUUUAAAUACUUGCGGGAUCGAUGCCUGCGCAGGGGCCAGCUGUUUGAGGAUGAGACAUUCCUUCCCGUGAAUUCCUCCAUAGGUCUGCAGUUGCUCCAGAAAAAAAACCUCUCUCAAAGUCCAAAGUGGAUGCGCCCAACUAUGGAUUCAUCAAGGGGUCCCCCUUUCUUUAUCCUGGAAACUGCAAGCAGAUUUGACAUCCAACAAGGAAAUGCAGGAGAUUGCUGGGUUCUGGCAGCACUUGGCUCCUUGACGCAGAACCCAAAGUAUCUGCACCAAAUCCUGCCAUGGGACCAAAGUUUCUCACAACAGUAUGCGGGGAUUUUCCAUUUCCGGUUCUGGCAGUGUGGCCAAUGGGUGGACGUGGUGGUUGAUGAUCGCCUGCCUGUGUGGGAUCAGCAUGAUUACCUCUUCAUUCGUCCUUGCAAAGACAACCAUGAGUUCUGGCCCUGCCUGCUGGAGAAAGCCUAUGCCAAGCUGCAUGGAUCCUAUUUCCACCUGCACUAUGGCUACCUCCCUGAUGCCUUGGUGGACCUCACAGGAGGGGUGGUCACCACUCUCAAACUGCCCUCCUCCUCUUCCAACCUGAUGUUGAUGGUGAAGACGGCAGCCCAGGCCGGAUCCCUCAUGGCCUGCAACACUCUGGGCCAGACAUGCCAGGACUGUGAGAUGGACAAUGGCCUGGUGAGCAGCCAUGCCUACACAGUGACUGGGGCAGAACAGAUCCAAUACAGGAGAGGCAAGGAAGAUAUUAUCCGCCUGUGGAACCCUUGGGGCCACACCGAAUGGAAAGGAUCCUGGAGUGACGGGUCUCAGGAAUGGCAGGAAACCUCUGAUCAUCGGAAAGACCAACUGUAUAAGAAUAAGCAAGAUGGAGAGUUUUGGAUUUCAUGUCAAGAUUUCCAAAAGAACUUCAACUGUCUGUUUAUAUGUAACCGGUUUCCAAUCAGCCUGAACCAUGAAAACAAGCUCCAUGGAAGCUGGUCUAAAAUGAUGUUUGAGAACCAAAGUAUUGUAGGAAACCCUGCAGAUGGACUUUGGAGUGACCCUCAGUACUUCUUCAUUGUUCGAGAGCCCAUGAAAGAGUGGAAUGUCAUCGUGUCCUUCACCAUCAAGCCACAAAGUUUGCCAUCAACAGACAAGGAAAAUCCACUGAACUUCCAGGUGGUCAAGGUGGACUCCCAGGUAUGGAACACCAUCGCCCUGAGCUCUCUGCUGGGUUUCUCACACCUUGGUGGUGUCUGUGGAUAUCCUGCUAAGGGUGUAGGUUCAAAAUCCAAGUGCAACCUCACACAAUGUUUCCAUUUGAACCCUGGGACCUAUGCUGUAGUGACUUCGACAAGCAGAGAAGUUCAGUUCUUGCUCCGCAUCUUCCUGAAAGUGUCAGACAUUGACAGGAAGUUGGACAACAAUUUAAACCUCACAAGAGUACAGGCCAGUCUUCCAGAAAUUGGAUUCCAACCAAGUGUUUUCCAGAGAUACUCUCAGCAGGGGAUGAACAUUGAUGCCUCCCAGCUUCAGAACCUGCUCAACCAGGAACUCCUGAAAGAACUUCCAGGGGUCAUGUUCUCCUUGGAUGAGUGCCGGGGCAUCUUGGCUCUGAUGGAUGUGAAAGUGAAUGGACUACUGGACCAAGAGGAAUUUAAAAGACUGUGGGAACGCCUUGUCAACUGUCAGCAUGCUUUCCAGAACACUCAGAGGAGCCCUGGGGUUCUCCUGAGCUUGGACCUGCGGAAGGCCAUAGAGAAUACAGAUUUCCUUAUAGGAAUCUCUGUCAGCAGAGAGCUGCUGGAUCUAAUGGCCCUCCGGUAUAGCGACCAUACUGGCAGGAUCAGCUUCCCAAGCUUGGUUUGCUUCCUGAUGAAACUUGAAGUCAUGGCAAAGGCUUUCCAUAACCUCUCCAAGGAUGGAAAAGGACUCUACCUAACAGAAAUGGAGUGGAUGAACCUCGUCAUGUACAGCUAG